AUGAGGAAUGUGAGGACAACGCGCGCACACUGCUAUGCUCAAGAUGGUUUAGACCAUCAUUACAGAACAAUACAUAAACAUCCUGUUACUUCAGCUGACAUUAAAAAGGCAAAAAGUCUUAUGGUGGAGAAGCAUUCGAAUGAAACAUUGUUAUGUUUGAAAAAGUUAUCUGUUAACAACAAGUCGAAGGUAUUUGUAAAUCUAGAGUAUUAAAUGACUUUAAUCGGAGCCAGUUAACCAUGCGUAGGUAAAGAUUUAUAUUCUUUAAUAUUUGCAUUCUUUAAUUUUUGUUCCAGAUUGGACAGGCAAAUGAAUCUGUCAAUUAUGUAUCCUCAGACUUUGAAGUUACCUUUGAGGAUAUUCUGUUGACACUACAUUGCAGAAAUGCUCAAGAUGCAGCAAAAUUGUUUGGCGUAUAUCUUUAUCACAGAGGUUUAUUGUGUUCUUAUGAGAAAGGAAGUAAUCCUAAAAUAGUUUCAGUGAUGUCAGUGGAUAUGAAUGUAAAGUUUAAUACCUGGUACCACAAGAAGUCAGAUGGAUCAUGUGAAAUCAUUGUUGAAGCAAUUUAUAAAAAAAUGUUAUGUGGUUAUUGCAAAGUGUUUCCAUAG